AUGGCCUCAUCUAAUCUCUCCACCCUGUGCACUUCUUCCCUCUGCAAACCCUCCUCUUUCCCUUUCUGCAACACACCAACCUUCACCACCAACAAUAACACUUUUCUUCUCUACAACAACAACUCCUUCCAAACCCUGCUCUCUCAUUCCAUACACAACCCCCGUUACCCUCUGCCUCUCGCAUGCACAAAAGACACAAACACUUUCUCCUCCUUCAAUGAUGACCAAAAGCCCCGGGAAGAGUGCGGCGUCGUAGGCAUCUACGGCGACCCAGAAGCCUCGCGUCUCUGCUCCCUCGCCCUCCACGCCCUCCAGCACCGCGGCCAGGAAGGCGCCGGCAUCGUCGCAGUCCACGACAACCUCUUCCACUCCGUCACCGGUGUCGGCCUCGUCUCCGACGUCUUCGACGAGUCCAAGCUCUCUCAGCUACCCGGCUCCUCCGCCAUUGGCCACGUCCGCUACUCCACCGCCGGCCACUCCAUGCUCAACAACGUCCAACCCUUCGUCGCCGGCUACCGCUUCGGCUCCGUAGCCGUCUCCCACAACGGUAACUUCGUGAAUUACCGCUCCCUCCGCGCCAAACUCGAAGACAACGGCUCCAUCUUCAAUACCACCUCUGACACCGAGGUCGUCCUCCACCUCAUCGCCACCUCCAAACACAGACCUUUCCUCCUCAGAAUCGUGGACGCCUGCGAGAAUCUCCAGGGCGCGUACUCCCUCGUGUUCCUCACCGAGGACAAGCUGGUGGCCGUGAGGGACCCCUUCGGGUUCCGACCCUUGGUGAUGGGAAGGAGAAGCAACGGCGCAGUGGUUUUCGCUUCGGAGACAUGUGCGCUGGAUUUGAUCGAAGCCACGUAUGAGAGAGAGGUUUACCCGGGUGAGGUUAUCGUGGUGGACCACACGGGCAUCCAAUCCCUCUGCCUCGUGUCUCAUCCUGAGCCAAAGCAAUGCAUAUUUGAGCAUAUAUACUUUGCGCUUCCCAACUCUGUUGUCUUCGGUAGGUCUGUGUACGAGUCUAGGAGAAAAUUCGGGGAAAUAUUGGCCACUGAGAGUCCCGUUGAGUGCGACGUUGUGAUCGCUGUUCCUGAUUCUGGGGUUGUAGCUGCGCUUGGUUACGCUGCAAAAGCUGGGGUUCCCUUUCAGCAAGGGUUGAUUAGGUCACACUAUGUGGGGAGGACUUUCAUCGAGCCCUCGCAGAAAAUAAGAGAUUUUGGAGUGAAGCUUAAACUGUCUCCAGUGCGUGGCGUGCUUGAAGGGAAGAGGGUUGUGGUGGUGGAUGACUCCAUUGUGAGGGGCACCACGUCGUCCAAGAUUGUGAGGCUUAUAAAGGAGGCGGGUGCUAAAGAGGUUCACAUGAGGAUUGCGUGUCCACCCAUUAUUGGGUCGUGUUACUAUGGUGUUGACACGCCCAGUAAGCAGGAGUUGAUAUCGAACAGGAUGAGUGUGGAGGAAAUAAGGGAGUUCAUUGGGUCGGAUUCGCUUGCUUUUCUUCCCUUGGACAGGUUGAAGAUGUUGUUGGAGGAGGAUGCUCCAAACUACUGCUAUGCUUGCUUCUCGGGGAAGUACCCUGUUCAGCCCGAAGAACUUCAAGCGAAGAGCCUUGAUGAGUUUGAUUGGAACGAUGGUUUGAAUGGGAGUUUGAAAUCUAUUGAUGCAGGGGGUUGGGUUAGAAACCAGGAAGGAGUGUCUGAGAAUAAGAUUGUCAGCGUAUGA